AUGGCAUCCGCACCCACUUCAGAGCCGGCAGCCCCCCAGGCGCCCUCCUCCACGCCCCUAAGGGAUCAUGGGGGCCCCCUAAUGCCCCAGAUGGCUGUGCACUUGCAGAGUCGUUACCCCCAGGGAGGAGCUCCCCGUGCAAGCCCCCCCGCAGUAUCCUCCGGUGCCGUCUCUGGAAGCGCACAGCCGCCGCUUGUGGGAUCGGCCGCUGCGCCCCCUGCAGAGGCCCCAGUGCCUCCUCCUGACGGACAGGCGGGAGUUUUGGCGUCUUCCGCUGCCAGUCAGAGGCGUCCUCAGGUGUUCCCUGAAGACGCCGUUCCUUUCGUGCGUGGCAAGGCAGAGGCUGUCUACCUCCAGGUCGAGCGUCAGCCGCACCGGAGUUGCACUGCCCUCGAUAGAACGGAUUCGCGUCCUCCGGGGGAGUUUAUUCGACGGCAUGGUUUCAGCCGCCCCUUGCAGGCUUACCAAGUUGCAUCGUGGGCUGUCUUUGGCCUUGAUAUUUUGGCCUUCUAUCUGGUGGUGGUUCCCGCGGUAUCCGUCGCGCUGAAGGCCGUCUUCGGCGUCCUCUUUGGUGUCUCUGCGCUCGCGCUCUUCUGCCUCGCUUACUUCUGCACUAGAGCAGAUCCUAUCGAUCCGCUCGCCUUCAUGUCGGGGCCGUGGGUGCCUCACGUUGAAGGGGAGACGCCGGAAGAGAGGCAAAUACGAGUAGAAACGGAGCCAGCAGCAGCGACAAGAACGUGCAACAUUUGCGGGGGCGUUCAAGAACGGAGCAAACAUUGCAGGUCGUGCAACAAAUGCAUCGAUGUCUUUGAUCAUCAUUGUAUCUGGAUCAACAACUGCGUUGGAAAAGCUAACUACAGGGCCUUUGUUGCCAUGCUGGUUGCUGCGGCGGUUAUGGUCACGCUGUUAAUGGCGCUUUGCCUCUAUCAAAUUAUCUGUCAGGCAGUUUCAGGCAGCAGCGCGCCUCACUGGACAGAUGCGUACGGCGGUUAUAACGCCAUUCUUUUCUACGUGCUUUCAGCGAUUCCAAUCGCCCUAAAUUUUCCGAUCCUGGGAUUGGUGCUGCAGCUCCUGCUGUUGCACUUGUACCUCCUCUAUCACAACAUGACAACCUUCGAUUACAUCACGAUGCGCGUGGAGGAAGAGGUCGAAGAGAAAAGCCCCCGUUUCCGCUAUCGAGCCUGCACAGAGUGGAUCGUCAUAGACAAGAAGCGUCUGCGCCGAGCGCGGCGAAAGGCUUCAGCAGCAGCCGCUGAAGACUUGCGCGAUGUCAGUAAUUGCGCGCCCGUGGUCGACCCGAUUCCGUCUGGAGCUUUAGAUGCAUGUGCUUCGCUCGGAAAGGAGGUGAGCGAACGGGAAAAGGCGGCUUUAAGAGACCCCUAUCUCCAGCACCCCGGCGAGAGACGCCAGGAAGCCUCAGGAGCCGCAACUGCAGCAGCUAGUGGGAGAGCAAGAGGCUCAGACGGUCCAUGUGUGACGCCGAGAGCAGAGGAGGCCGCUUAG